GCAUUGUUCUGCCUUAAUUCCAGAAGUGUGUGUUGUAGCGACACCACCUUGUAUGUACACAUCUCCAGGUUCUAGGCCCCUGGGUGUGCACAUCACUCUCGGCACCCAUCUGCGUGUGUGUGUGUGUGUGUGUGUGUGCGCUCAUCUCUGCGAUCCUCCUUCUCCACAUGUAAGCUCUCCAGGUCAGGCAUUGCUCAGCCUUGUGCGACCACAUGGCCGCCGCCAGUGCCCACUGCCACGAUCAGGGGCCGGCAGGCUGCCAUCUGGCGCUCACACCUGGGCUCCCUGCCUCUCCGUCCUCCCCACCCGCCUCCUCCCCAGCUCUGCCCCCAAGGGCUGCACAUCCUUCAGCGUCAGUGCCUCUCCAGAAGUGGUCGUGCGCGUUGCCCACAGCCCUCCGGCCACGAAGAAACCCAAAGGCUUCUCCAAGUGGCCCCUGGAUCCCGGGCUGGAGGUGAGCCUGACGACGAGGGCCGCCAGCAGCAGCAACAGUGACCAGAAGGUUCGGAUUUCAUACUAUGGAGAGCAAAUGGCCCCUGUGCAAGCACUGCUGUACAUCACGGGCAUUGAAAUCUCGUUGAGCGCUGACAUCACUCGCUCCGGCAAAGUGAAGCCGACCAGAGUCAACAAGGACCAGAGCACUUGGACCUGGGGCCCUCACGGGCAUGGCGCCAUCCUGCUGGUGAACUGUGACAAGGACAAUCCCAGAUCUUCCAGCAUGGAUUUCAAGGAUGACAAAGUGUUUGACAGUAAAGACCUGCAGGAUAUGUCCCUGCUGACCCUGAGCACGGAGACCCCCAGGGACUUCUUCACCAGGCACCAGCUGAUGCUCCAUGUGGCCAAGUCAGAGAUGGACAAAGUCAGGGUGUUCCACACCCACCGGGACAAGAAGUCCUCCCGAUACAGGGUGGUCCUGGGACCCCAGCAGCCCUCUCACUCCCUGGAGCUCCCGGGCGGCCAGCACCGGGCUCACUUCUACGUGGAAGGCCUUGCUUUUCCUGACGCCAACUUCCCUGGCCUCAUCUCCCUCACCGUCUCGCUGCUGGACAUAUCCAGCCAGGAUCUCCCCGAAAUCCUGGUUUUCCAAGACAGUGUGACCUUCCGAGUGGCCCCCUGGAUCAUGACCCCCAACACUCAGCCCCCGGAGGAGGUGUACGUGUGCAGUAUAUUCGAAAAUGAAGACUUCCUGAAGUCAGUGACAGCUCUGGCCAAGAAAGCCAAGGUCAAGCUGACCAUCUGUUCCUCGGAGGACAACAUGGAGGAUCGCUGGAUGCAGGAUGAGAUGGAGAUCGGCUACAUCCAGGCCCCGCACAAGACGCUGCCCGUGGUCUUCGACUCUCCCCGGAACAGAGGCCUGAAGGAGUUCCCCGUCAAAUGCCUGCUGGGUCCAGAUUUUGGCUACGUGACUCGAGGACCCCAAACAGGGAAUGUCACCAAUCUCGACUCCUUUGGGAACCUGGAAGUGAGCCCUCCAGUCAAAGUCGGGCAGAAGAAAUACCCACUGGGUAGGAUUCUCAUCGGGAACAGCAGCUUCCCCAGCAUGGAGAGCCAGGAGAUGCACCAGGCCCUGCAGGACUUCCUGGGCGCCCAGCAGGUGCAGGCCCCUGUGAAACUCUACUCCGACUGGCUCUCUGUGGGUCACGUGGAUGAGUUCCUGAGCUUCGUUCCGGCACAGAAGAAGGGCUUCCGGCUGCUCCUGGCCAGCCCCAGGUCCUGCUACAGACUGUUUCAGGAGCAGCUGAAGGAGGGCCACGGGGAAGCUCUGCUGCUGGAAGGGGUCUCCAAAAAGAAACAACAGAAAAUAAAGGACAUCCUGUCAAACAAGAAAUUGAGAGAGCAUAACUCCUAUGUGGAGAGCUGCAUCGACUGGAACCGGGAGGUGCUGAAGCGGGAGCUGGGCCUGACGGAGCAGGACAUCAUCGACAUCCCGCAGCUCUUCAGGCUCCAGGAGGACAGCAGAGGGAUCCUUAAGGCGGAAGCCCUCUUCCCAAACAUGGUGAACAUGCUGGUGCUGGGCAAGCACCUGGGCAUCCCCAAGCCCUUCGGGCCCAUCAUCAACGGCCGCUGCUGCCUGGAGGAGAAGGUGCGGUCCCUGCUGGAGCCGCUGGGCCUGCACUGCACCUUCAUCGACGACUUCACCCCAUACCACCUGCUGCACGGGGACAUCCACUGUGGCACCAACGUGCGCCGGAAGCCCUUCACCUUCAAGUGGUGGAACAUGGUGCCCUGAGGAGCCCGCCUCCAGCCUCUCCCCGGGAAGCUCUGGUCCCCUGCAGCGUGGCACAGCAGAGCUCUUGGGGACAUUCUGGCUCCGUGGGGGUAACCCUGUGCCAGGUAGUGACCUGCUUCCUUCUCCGGGGCACUGGGCCCUGGGCCCUGGGCUCCUCCCCGCUUGAAAGUCCCAAGAUGGUCCUGGCAUUGCAAACUCAAGUUCGGCAGUAAGAAACUGCCUGCCAUAAAUCAUUUUGCACGUGAGGUCAAACUCACUCACUCA